GCUCUGCUCUGCUCGGACGGAUCCUGCGUGGAUGGAGGAUGAUCAUCAUGGCUAGCGCUUCUUCACGACAGCGUCUUUUGUUCGAAUGAUUUUGUCUUGAAUUUGGCGAAGACGAAAGCGUAAAGAUGUCGGUGGCGGGACUGAAGAAACAGUUGCACAAAGCAAGUCAGCUGCUCAAUGAAAAGAUCAAUGGAGCUGAAGGAACAAAGCUGGAUGAAGAUUUCAUCAAAAUGGAAAAGAAGAUUGAAAUCACUCAAAAACUGAUUCUCGACCUCAUUCCAAAAACCACAGAAUACCUUCAGCCAAAUCCAGCAUAUCGAGCAAAACUCAGCAUGCUUAACACAGUGUCCAGGAUCCGGGGGCAGGUGAAGACAGUUGGCUAUCCUCAGACAGAGGGAAUGCUGGGAGACUGUAUGUCACGCUAUGGCAGUGAGCUUGGCGUUGAAUCCGCAUUUGGUUGUGCACUGGUGGACAUGGGACAGGCUUUGAAGCAGAUGGCCCAAGUAAGAGACUGCCUGGAUGUGCGUGUUAAACACACCUUCAUUGAUCCACUUCAGGCACUGCAGGACAAAGAGCUGAGGGAAAUAAUGUAUCAUCUGCGGAAACUUGAGGGUCGGCGUUUAGAUUUUGACUACAAGAAAAGGCGUAAAGGGAAGAUUGCAGACUAUGAGAUUAAACAGGCAAUGGAGAAGUUUGCGGAAUCCAAAGAGCUGGCGGAGAGAAGCAUGUUUAACCUCCUAGAGAACGAUGUGGAACAGGUGCGACAGCUGUUAGGCCUCAUUGAAGCAGCACUGGACUAUCAUCGUCAGUCAAGCCUCCUUCUGGAGAACCUCAGAGGCAGUCUGCAGAGCAGAAUAACUGAUGCCAGCAACAGACCAAAGAAAGAGUUCAGAUCAAAAUCCAUCGCAAGUACAAUGUGUUACACAGACAUUUAUGGAUUUUCCACCUGCUCUUCAGGGCGAUCUUCAGAUACUGAGCUGACAGAUGCUUUAAGUGAGAAAAAUGUCACCCCUGUGGCCCACAGCCAGCCGCCCCUCAUACCCCGAACUUCAGAACCUCCAACUUACAAAAACGACUGUUAUUCCACUCUGGACCAGCCUUGCUGCCGUGCACUUUUUAACUUUAAGCCUGAAAAUCAAGGAGAGUUAGGCUUUAAGGAGGGAGACAUCAUUAUUCUCACCAAUCAGGUUGAUGAAAACUGGUAUGAAGGCCUGCUCAGCGGGGAGGCAGGCUUUUUCCCCAUCAGCUACGUCGAAGUCCUUGUACCUCUGCCGCAAUGACAGCAGGUCAGCGGUGCACUGAGCCAUACAACGAACUCUCUAUGAAGUCCCUGGUGUUCAGUCCAAGCUGUGUACUUCACUGAUCAGCACCUUUAUUUAAAGAAUGUGCUUCCUUUUCUUCUUGAGUAUUUUUCCACUAUGCAAGUCACUGAAUCCUGCCUUGGUCUCUAUUUGGUCUUAAUGUUGUACACUGUAGAAACCAUAGUAGAUCUGUACAAUGCUUAGUAUGCAACCAGUAAUAAAAGCUGACUGGUGGUUUAUGGUUAAAGGGCAAUUCCACCAAUGUUUAAACAUUUCUGCACAUGUUAAGAUGUAAACAAGGUCAUUCAGAGUGUUCUGAUGUGAAAUGGUAAAUUAGAGAAAAAUACAGACUCUGAUUUCUUUACAGUGGUGGCGAGAGGAACUAGGAGACACAUUAUGUACAGAGCAGAUGCAGCUGUUGAAUCUACACAUGUUAGCUGUGUUUGUAGAUGCACUGUGGUAAAUCUGUGAAAAGUAAGUUUUCUUUGGGGACUAUUUUUGCAUUACAACGCUCUGCACGCUCCACCAUGAAUGUAUUUUGAAACACAUGAUUUAGGCCAAACCAAGCUAACCGUUUUAUGAACUAACUUUCUUUAAGGUUGCUUUUAGAGGCAUCAAACUCUUUAGACAUCUCACCACUGUGAACAUAGCCAAAUACACUAUACACUAACAUUUUAACAUAAAUUCUGACUCUGUGAGUUUCUCUAGAACAAAGCAUUUCACAUCAAACCACUCUCAAUAACUUUGUUUACAUCAGGGGUGCCCAAACUUUUUGUCCUGGGGGGCCAAAGUGCAAUGUUUGUGGUGAGCCGAGGGCCAAAAACACAAAACAGUACACAAAUCAAGAAGGUAGAUAAGCUUCAAAUUGACUUUUUAAAUAUGCCCAUAUUUUAUGACAGUACACAUUACAAUUUGUUACUAAAAUACUUGAACAUAUUAUAUAUAAUAUAAUAAUAUGUUUGAUUUCUCAUUUGUUAAGGGGGUGAGGUUAGGGUGACUCUGUUGGGCCAAGUCAGUGGUCCUCACCAGCCAACUUCUGUCCGUGGGCCACUCCUUGGGCAGCUCUUGUUUACUCUGUAACCAUUUAAUUAUGCAGAUUUUUUAUUUUUUUUUUUGGAAAAAUCGGUGGAGUUGUCCUUUAAGGAUACAUUUUUGUAACCUUUGGCGGGACUCUUAAGUAUUUUACUACCUACAACUGAAUGUACAAUUACACAUUUUCAUGUACCCAUUCAAAUUCAUAUUAAUGUUAUUACAUAUGCAAAUAUAUGCAAAUACACAGCAUACACGAAUACAUGUGAUACUGCUUUUUAUUAUUAUUAUUAUAGCCAUGCUGGCAAUUACUGUGCGUGGUUAUGGAGUCAGUAUUUGCUCUUUGAUUUAUGAAAUGAAAAUGCAAAUGAGGAAUAAAAGUGUUAUAAACGC